AUGGUGUUGGACCAGCUGAGGGCCGCGCUCUGCGGGCCCUUCGGGGCGGCCCUGGCUUGCUGUUUCGUGGCCGCGGCCAUGGCCCUGCGCUGGGCUGGACGCCGGACGGCGCGGGUCUCGGCAGCUCGAGCGCGACAGCGGCAGCAAACGGCCCUGGACACCAUGGACAAGGCUGCCCAGCGCUUCCGGCUCCAGAACCCUGACCUGGACACAGAAGCUCUGCUAGCCCUGCCGCUGACACAGCUGGUACAGAAGUUACGCAGUGGAGAGUUGUCCCCUGAAGCUGCACUUUUUACCUAUGUUGGAAAGGCUUGGGAAGUGAACAAAGAGACCAACUGUGUGACCUCCUACCUGACUGACUGCGAGACUCAACCGACUUUGGCAGGUCCAAGGCAGGGCCUGCUCUAUGGGGUCCCUGUGAGCCUCAAGGAGUGUUUUAGCUACAAGGGCCAGGACUCAACGCUGGGCUUGAGCCUGAACUAUGGGGUGCCAUCGGAAUGUGACAGUGUGGUGGUACAGGUGCUAAAGCGGCAGGGUGCUGUGCCCUUCGUGCAUACCAACGUCCCACAGUCCAUGUUCAGCUAUGACUGCAGCAACCCCCUCUACGGCCAGACUGUCAACCCAUGGAAGUGCUCCAAGAGCCCAGGUGGCUCCUCAGGGGGUGAAGGGGCCCUCAUUUCGGCCGGGGGCUCCCUCCUGGGCUUAGGCACUGACAUUGGUGGCAGCAUCCGCUUCCCCUCUGCCUUCUGUGGCAUCUGUGGCCUCAAGCCCACAGGGAACCGCCUCAGCAAGAGUGGCUUGAAGGGCUGUGUCUAUGGACAAGUAGCAGUACAGCUUUCAGUUGGCCCCAUGGCCCGGGAUGUGGAAAGCCUAGCGCUGUGCAUGAGAGCCCUACUGAGUGAAGACAUGUUCCGUUUGGACCCCACUGUGCCUCCCAUACCCUUCAGGGAGGAGAUCUACACAAGCUCUCGGCCCUUGCGUAUUGGGUACUAUGAAACGGACAACUAUACCAUGCCCACCCCGGCCAUGCGAAGGGCUGUACUGGAGACCAAGGAGCGCCUUGAGGCGGCUGGCCACACGCUGGUUCACUUCCUGCCAAGUGACAUUCCUUACGCACUAGAGACCCUGGCGACAGGUGGACUGUUCAGUGAUGGCGGCCACCGUUUCCUGCAGAACUUCAAAGGUGAUUUCGUGGACCCCUGCUUGGGGGAUCUGGUCUUAAUCCUGAAGCUCCCUGUGUGGCUUAAAGGACUGCUGGCCUUCCUGCUGAAGCCGCUGCUCCCAAGGUUGACCUCUUUUCUUAGCAACAUGAAGCCGAGGUCGGCUGGGAAGCUCUGGGAACUGCACCAUGAGAUUGAGAUGUACCGAAACGCAGUGAUCGCUCAGUGGAGAGCCCUGGACCUGGAUGUGCUGCUGACCCCAAUGUUGAGCCCUGCUCUGGACUUGAAUACUCCAGGCAGGGCUACAGGGGCCGUGAGCUAUACCCUUCUCUACAAUUGCCUGGACUUCCCAGCGGGGGUGCUUCCUGUCACCAGUGUAACCACCGAGGACGAGGCCCAGAUGGAACAUUACAAGGGCUACUUUGGGGACAUCUGGGACUGGAUACUUCGGAAGGGCAUGAAGAAGAGUGUGGGGUUGCCUGUGGCCGUGCAGUGUGUGGCUCUGCCCUGGCAGGAGGAGCUGUGUCUGCGGUUCAUGCGGGAGGUGGAGCGGCUGAUGACCCGUGAAAAGAAGCUGUCUUGA